AUGCCAUACACAUACCACGUUCUCGCGAUCCAGGGGGUGAUGGAUAUUGUCCAAGGGAAGAUCCCUUGUCCGCCAGCAGAAUCACCUGAUGCUAAACCAAUUGUUUGCACCAAGCGCGGCUGGAAUCCGCAGGACUUUUGCUCAGACUGGGACCACCUCACGGAUACGGCUCGCUUGACUAUAAAGCUUACCCUAUUGGUCGAUCUAUCUAUCCAAUAUUGCAACUUGAAACCAGCAAGUAAAUUAUACAGUGUGAUUUGUGAAGCUUACGAAAAUAACACUGGGGCCCGUCAACUUGCCCUUGAGGAUCCUUUUUGGACAGCUAAACACGAUCCAAAUAUCCCUAUUGCCAAGUGA